UUUACGUUCAACAGUAGAGUUGGUAUAAAAGCCGAUGAGAUUGGUUGCUUUGAAUCAGUAGCUCUAGUGACUUUGGAAUUCCAAAUAGAAUCACACGAUGAAUAAAAUUUUAUGCUUAGCAAUUGUACUUGCUGCAUAUGCUCCCAUUUCGGCAUACGCUGACACAUCCCUUCAAAAAUUGGCUUGGGUGCUUGCAAACAGGGACACCGCCGAGUUGGACCAAUAUGAUAGUUUUCCGUCUGUCUGGAAUGAUGGCGUCAGCACGCAGUACGUCUCAUUCGAAGUGACAACCACCGACGAUCCAGCCGAUGUCUAUUACACUAUCGAGCAAUACAUGGCAAAGGCUGUUGGUGAUGCCGAAUCAUCGUACGUCUCUAACGGAAAUUUGGUUACAAUUACCUACACGGGCGAUUACAAUCCUGACUUAAAGGAGCCAACUAAAGUUCAAUCGUUGAUCGAUGUGAUGUCCGCUUUUGACUAUCCUGUUCUUGGCAAUAUCGAAUGCGAAAAGGAAUACGUCUACACAUCGAGAAGUGGUUUCGCUUAUAUCAGUCUCAUAAUACCAUGCAAUGGCACCUACUAUCAAUCACAAUGUAACACAGUUUGGGCAUAUUUGAGUGAAAACGGAUAUUUGGAUAGCUAUGCCAGUAAUACUUGCUUCGAGGAACCAGACAGCGAUUCCGCUUUAUUGGAAAUUUGGUCGACCAAUUGUAAAGUUUGCGCUCAUUAAAUGAUGUUUUUU